AGCACCUUCGUAAGCUGUGCAUCGGCAAGCAGGUUCGCUUCAAAGUGGAGUACCGGGUCCCUGCCAUCAACCGCGACUUCGGCUCCGUGUGGCUUCCUGCCAAUUCGCGCGGCGUGGAGGAAAACUUGUGCGUCGUCCAGGCGCGUACGGGCUACGCGCGCGUCAAGACGCUAGAGCAGUCGCGUGACGGUGUGUGUGUGGACCACGAGAAGAUGCUGCAGCAGGAGCAGGUGGCUAUCAACGAGAAGAAGGGAAUGUACGCCGACGCAGACGUCGAGUCCAAUGCCACAGUUCAGUGGCACGGUGCCGACUCUGCGGCGCUGCUGCAGGAGCACAAGGGCAAGCUUGUUCCUGCUGUGGUGGAGGCUGUACGGGACGGAGCCUCCCUGCGUGUGAUCCUCAAGCCUUCGUUGCAAUUGGUCAACUUUGGGCUGUCCGGAGUUCAAUGUCCCCGACUCAACCCGCCCGUGAACGCUGCGGAGUCCGAGGAGCCUGUUCCGACUGGACCGGCGCCUCAUGCACGUGAAGCCAAACACUUUUCAGAGGUGCGACUGCUGCAUCGUGACGUGGAGCUGAAGCUCGAGGGUGUCGACAAGUACGGCAACUUGUUCGGCAGUGUGGUGCACCCCUCUGGUCGUAAUAUCAGUGUAGAGAUCCUCAGGAUUGGUCUGGGGCGGAUGGCCGACUGGAGCUCAGCGUUCACCAGCGCGUCAGCUCGCGCGACGAUGCGCAACGCUGAGAAGGAGGCGAAGCAGCAGAAGCUACGAGUGUGGAAGGAGUACGAGGCUCCUGUACUGCAGUCGGACAAGCGCAUGACGGGAACGGUAGUGGAAGUUAUCAGUGGCGACUGUCUAGUCGUGUACGUCCCCGAUGCUGCGACGCCAGCAGAGCAGGAGAAGCGCAUCUACCUGAGUUCGUUGCGUGCUCCUCGUCUGGGCAAUGCGCGUCGUGGCGAGCCCAACGCUCCGUACGCUACGGAAGCCAAAGAUACGAGAAGCCCAGUCCUUCCGCACAGGGAGACGUCAUGA